AUGCCAGCACAUGAUAAUGUACUACAUCUGACAACUCCUGCUCCUACAAGACGUUUCCUUCCCGCGUCCAGUCUGAGGUCCUCAUCAUCUGCUGCCGGUACAGUGCGCAAAACUCCUUUUCAGACCUCUCGAACGACGCAGGCACCCUUUUCCACCCCUUCCUCCACUACGGUUGCACGUUUUCAAAGAGGCAUUACACAGAAAGAUGAGAUAGAUAGCAGUUAUGAUGACGAUGAUGAGACAGAGUCACCAGACCUCUCACGGCGCCGUGUGAAAGCCACAAUUGAUGAUAUCGUUGGAGCCGAGACUGAAGAUGUCGCUCUAGCAUCUCCGCUGUUACAGCGGACCAAGAGGUUUCAACCUCCAACGAAGAAGCGCAAGGUCUCGCAGGUUGAACCAAAGCAUGGCGAACCGAUUACUAUAUCCUCAUCCCCGGAAUAUGACAACCCGGACGAUUAUGAAGCGCACGACGGCACCCAACAUGCAGGGUCCGAUAUCGAGGACACCAACCUCGAUGAUCUGCUGCAGGUGACAGACACCGAAAUGUCAUCGAAGCCAGCCCGGUUUAAGCCCCCCAAUGCCGAUCUGAUUGAGUCUAUUCCAUUAUCUAGAACAGUCUUCAGAACAAACCUCGAAGAGGGUCAAUCGGGCUCUACAGCGACUGCCCCCGUCCUUCCUGACGUAUUCUCGCCGUCCCGCCGUAAAGGGAAACGAGAUUUUCUCCCCGGUGGAAGCGCGGAGCUGGUCAGGGAAUGGGUUCUUGAUAUUGCUGCCCAGGACUCAAUUACCCACAACUUGCCCGAGGAUAUCAUCACCAUCACGAGCACCCGAACUGAUGAUAGUGGACGCUUCGCAGUUGUCCGGGAUGAUACUGGCUCACAAUGGCUUCUGCCUGAACAACAGCAGAAAGCAGGGUUAGGCGGUAAGAUGGACUGGCGUCACCUCCGUCGCGAUUCGCAAAUCCUGCUCAAAGGCCAGGCAACAAAGUGGGCGCUGGAGUCUCACGAACCAGCCCUCGACAACGUAAUUGUAGCUGGAUACUGGGAGCUUCUUUUUCCCAGUUGACCCUUUUAGCAAAAUGAUACAACACUCUGCGCCACGGCCUACGCGAAUCAGGGUUAUGUUGUAAUGGCUUGCAGAUAUUGCUGGCGUGACUGGUGGAAUACCAUGUCUUAGGGGCAAACAAUAUCUGAUCCAUCUCUCCGCUUUGAUUCAUAGCCAGCUCAACCGAUAUGUACACCUAGCUUACUUGCUAGCCAUAGCGCACGAUCCAAGGUCCAACUUCUUUGCCUCCACGGACGGUGAAAUGUCAAACGAGAAAAUAUCCAUAGGCAGACCGAUGGUCGUGCAUGCAUUGGGAAUCUGUCCGGCUGUGUCAGCAGACUGGGGCUAUCAAAACAGUAUGUG